UCUGAUGCAAAAAAGUUUAGAUGUUUGUGAAUGUGAAAUUAAGAUGUUUGUGAAUGUGUUGGAUAUGUUUGGUGUUGGGAACUUACGGAGUGUGUCUCGGAUGUGGAACCUGUUUUGCGCGGCCCACUCGUUGUAGGUUUCGCGCUCUUUUCCGGUGGGUUUGGACCACCCGAUUUCGUCUGCGACCUCAAACUGGAAGGCUGAGGCUGCCGUGAUAGCGAAUGAGGCGGCGAGGAGGAAAGUGGCUGCUUUGGAAGCCAUUGAUUGGGUUAUGUAUAUAGGUGAAUUGAGAUGAGAGAGGAUGAAGAAAUGGAAUGUGGUGAUGAAGAUGGUGAAUUGAUGAUAUAUAUAUAGGCGUAGGAGGAAGAGAGAGAUCGCAUGAGGAGUGGUGAAGUGAAGUAGUGUUGGGAGUGGGGUGAUUCAGUUAUGCUUACGUGUUUUUCUUCUUUGGAAACACUCAACACUUGCGCUCAUUCAGUCAAACAUUUUCAGAAAUCGGUUCAAUUAUGGUCCCUUUUUUUAUAUUUAUUAUGAAUAUUUAACUAAAAUAAUAAGUACUUUAAUCGACGGUUGUAUUUGUGUAUUUAAAGACAUGCUCUAAAUUUUAAUUGACGUGCAAAUUUAUGUAUUUAAACCAUUAUCUAAUUCCCAAUUUAAGUUGGUCCGUCAAGCAAUAUUAGCACACGUUCUAUCUAAUCUUAUAACCUCCUCCAACUCUCACAAAUCCUAUAGCUAGCUUCCAUUUAAAUCUCACUCAUUCUUCUUCUUCUUCUAAUAACUACAUUUGUAAUGCUCCAUUCACGAUUCAGCUAAACAAUACAUAUCUACAUGAUAAUCCCCUAAGAAUAAUGAAAUUGUUGUAUUUGAGUGUUUGUUUUUGGCUGAUUCUGAUAUCAGAGAUGGUGUUUUCGAGCUACAUUUCAUGGGACGAUUUGAAAGUAGAAGGUGAGAAGCUUCAACCCCAAAAUGCAGCAGGGACAAAGCGCGUCAUCGUCGUUGAUCAAACCGGAAAAGGCGAUUGCUUAACCGUGCAAGCUGCAGUUGAUAUGGUGCCCCAUCAAAAUCCCCAUAGGCUCAAAAUCUACAUCCUUCCUGGCCUCUACAGAGAAAAGGUUAAUGUUCCUGCUUCGAAGCCUUAUGUUUCAUUCAUUGGAGAUCCGGAGAGGACAGAGGCAACGGUGAUAGCAUGGCACAAUCGAGCUUCGGAUUUGGAUGAGAACGGCGGUGAGAUCGGGACGUUUCGAUCAGCCUCUGUCACCAUAGAAGCGGACUACUUUUGCAGUGUUGGGAUCACUUUUCAGCAGAACACAGUGCAGUUUAGUGCAGGGGCACGUGGGAAUCAAGCGGUUGCGUUGAGGAUAUCUGGCGAUCACUCUGUGUUGUACAAGUCAAGAUUUUUGGGGUCACAGGAUACGCUUUUGGAUGAGAGUGGGACGCAUUUUUUCUACAAGUGUUUGGUGCAAGGUUCAAUUGAUUUUAUAUUUGGCAGCGCGAGAUCACUGUACAUGGAAUGCACCAUCUCCGUGAUCGGUGAAUCAUUUGCUAUAGCAGCACAGCGUAGAGACACUGCCAACGACGAUGGAGUGUUUUCGUUUGUGAAUUGUACGAUACAUGGAGGCGGAGGCGGAGGCGUGUUCUUGGGGAGAGCGUGGGGGGAUUAUUCGAGAGUAGUAUAUUCAUACAGUGAACUCGACAUAGACGUGAAACCGCAGGGGUGGGACGACUGGGGAAAGCCAUCAAGACAAAAGACUGUGUUGUUCGGAGAGUACAAGUGUCGAGGGAAGGGAGCGGAUAGGCGCGGAAGAGCAGCAUGGUCGAAAGCGCUAACGCACCACGAAGCACAACCUUACCUUGAUUUAACAUUCAUUUCUGCCAUCCAGUGGCUAAGAUUGUAGAAUAUCUCAU